AUGAAAAUAGGAUAUCCCAAAGGAGAUAAUUAUAAAUUGGUCCUGGCGUCACUACAGCCGUGCCAGAGAAGGUUCAUCGAGUGUUUAACGACGUGUAAGGACGAUGAACUUUUGAUACACCUUGGGUCCUUUACACAGUGGGUUUGGGAAAAGAGCGAUAUCAUAUGCUGGGCGUCAGUGUUGAACCGGUUCGACGACAUUUUUACGCGCUACCUGAAAAUGUCGGGGAGUUACCUGAGAGGUGAACUGGAUUUGGAUCCGGAAACUUACUCGAAGCAGGUGGAACUCGUUAAGGUGGCGCUGAAGACGUCAAUAAUGAUCGUGGAAAACUCAACGUCGAAGAGCCUGUACAACUCAAUGGACCACCUUAAGAAAUUCCUGGACGACAUAAACCUGGAAAUUGUGUACUACUCAACAAGGCUCCUGUGCGUGUAUUUCAGCAGUAGAAACAGACGCAACCUGGUGAUGAGUGAGAUACCAGCAGUGUCCUCGAGGCUGGCGACCUUUGUAACAAGCCCGCUCCCAGAAAGAGACUACGAGAUAUUUUCGACUAACUCCACAUCUUACACGAAGAUUUUUGAUCAAGGAGCAGAAAACGAGUUCUUUGUAUCAUGUCCGCUGGUCCUGGAUCACUACCUGAGGUGUUACCAGUACUGGCUGGCUCAAGAUUCGUUCGUUAGCCUAGAUUUGUACAAUAGAGAGGAACCAUCAGAUCAGUCAAUCCAAAUCCCCCUGGAAGAUUUCAUCAACUAUGACCAAAUAUCGCAAUCAGGACCCGAAAUAGGUCUACAUUUUAAUCAAAACGAAGGGUUCAACGCCACUAUAAACCAUUUCGUGUUUACUACCAGCCCAAACGAAAUGUACUUUCACAUAUUUAAGACGUACAAGUACCUGGUAGAUAAGUAUAAAAUAGACGAAGGUUACCAUCACCUAAUAUGUAUGCUGCUAAUAAACACAUCGACAUACACGCAGUUUCUAAAUUAUAAUCCCUCCUUCCUCCUAGAAUUAUCCUGGUUCAUUAAGAGUUACGAGUACAUAGAUCACUCGACAAUGAUAAUUUCGACUGAGUUAUUGUCCGCAAUGAUAUAUGAUGGAAUACAGUACAAGACGCUCUCAAACCUAUUGGGCUUUGGAGUCCCGCACGGAAUAUUUAUAAAGGUACUGAAGAGUUACCUGCACCACGCAAAUGAAUCGCAGCCACUGCCGCCACUGUUGAGACUGCAGAUGGGAGGAAGCAGGUCAGCAUCGCAGCCACAAGACAGUUGCGGACCUGUAGACUACACGACGAAGGACGAAAAGGAGCUGUGCACGAUGAACGCGACAGGGUUCCUCUGCGAAAAUUACACGGACGAGUUCAACUGGAGAGAACUGGUGAGAGAGCCGGAAUCGAGAAGAAGAAUCGUGAGAGACGAGGAGAGAAUGAGAGUGCUGCUGCACCUCCUCAUCGUGUACUACUCGAUCAUAUCGUACCACGGAAACUGCGGAGCGCUCACGAGCGUAAAUGUGCUGGAGGGACUGGUGCGCUUCACGAGGUGCAGAAACCCGAUCUUCACACCAGUGAUCAUCUACGUGGUGCAGGUGCUCGAGGCGCUGCUGGACUACAACCAGACGGUGUCGAGAGCACUGAGAACGGACCUGCAGCUCUUCCACAUGCUCAUAUCGAGGCUUAAGUUCGACAUGUACAAAAUUGAGCACUUUGUGCACUUCGGAAACGCCUCGGCGAAGAAAAAAAGAUGGCCGCAGGGGUGGCUGCUCCCGACAUCGACCGACCCGCAGGUACUCAGAGAGUACUGGCUGGCGCUGAGCGAGUGGAGCGCAAGAAUCUUCCUCUUCAAGACGCUGGUGAAGGACAUAUACUCAGUGACGAGGCCCUACUCAGGAAGGACUGAGAUCAACGACUACGACGUGUUCGCGCCCACGAGCCCGAUGGUGCCGGUGAUCCUGAGGAUCCUGAAGGACCCGCUGAAGUACGGACACGGAGUCUACAGCAGCGUCGCGACGCUGAUCCUGGACACGCUGGGAGACGACCCGGUAUCGCAGGAGGAGAUGCACAGGCUGGGGAUAGUGCCGGCAUUCCUGUGCUCGAUCAACGAGGAGACGCUGAGAUCGGAGGAGGCGCUGGGCGUGGUGCCGACGGCAGUGUCGGACCUGUUUAUGCACAGGUCGGGUCAGGAGUACUACAAGUCGAUGAAGUACUCCUUCGUGCUGAAGCUGGCGGAGAUCGUGGUGAAGCAGGAGUUCGUGCUCUUCGACAGGUUCGGAGAAGUGGCAGCCUCGAUAGGAAUAUCGCUGGACACAGUGGUGAGACACCACGACUCGGCGCACCUGCUGGUGGUGAAGAGGCUGGUGAGAGUUAUCUAUGACCUGCUGCUGGAGUCGCUGACAUUCCCGGAGUUUAAGGCGGUGCCGACGGAAGUGGCCGCCGCGGAAAAGAGACAGUACCUGGAGCAGUACAGGACGAACGCGAAGCCGAUCACGCUGGAGACGCUCUCGCUGCUGGACCGGCUUAAGCCAGGAGACUUCUUCGCAGACAGGAUCGCGAACCUGGGCAAGUGCCUCUCGACCUUCCUCUCGUACCCGCAGAGCGUCUCAUACUUCAACUCGUGCGACGGGAUUAAACUGCUGAUGCAGCUGUGCACAGUGCCGUGCCUGCCGCCGAUGUUCCUGCAAAUAUACUCGCAGCACCCGCUGGUGCUCAUCGUGAAGUACCUGACCUCGCAGUCGCCGAUGCCCUCAGUGAUACACUUCCACGCGAUCACGCAGGAGCACAUGAUCAAGGACUGCGACUUCAAAAGGUUCCACGGCACGCUGCAGUUCCUGCACCUGAUGCACAAGGACAACGCGAGCGUGUACCAAAACGGCUGCUGCGGAAAACACCAGCUCGGAGUCAACUUCGCGGACAUGUCAACCUGCGACCUGCACGUGACGGCGACGCUGGCGCUCGACGUGCUCUCCUCGGAGCUGGCGAACAUGUUCUACAACCUGUCCUCGUCAUUCGCAAUCUCAAACCGGUUCUGCCCGGUCUCAAACGUGCACCUGUCGCACGAUCACCCGCAGCUGAGAGCAUACAAGGAGUUCACGGCGGACAAGAAAAACGCGCAGAGCGACGUGGUCUUCUCAUCGAAUGACCUGUUCUGGUCAACACAGUGCCUCUACGCAUACUCGAGCACCGAAGGAGGAAGCCAGGAUGCAGCAACAGCAGGAAACUGCGGACUGGGCGACCGGGACCUGAUGGUGGUGGAAAUGUACAGGUCGACGCUGCAGGCGGCGAGGUCGGUCAUGCUCUCGCUUAACAUGUCGAUCAACAAGGCGGUCUGCCUGGGCACGAACGGAAACGACUGCCUGAGGACGCACCUGAUCAAAAACGCAAGCCAGAUCGUGACGCUGACAUACAGUCUGCUGGCGACAGUGGACUCGCUGACGACGGCGCACGAAACGGCGACGGGAACGGGCACGGACGCAGACGUGCACGUUAAGUACUUCAUGAAGGUGAAGUACAUGUCGGACGUGCUGGAGUUGAUCUACAGGCUGAUCAUCGACGAAAGGACGAACGGGCUGUACCUUUUCACAAUGUGCCUCUUCGUGAGCGCGGAGGGCAUGAAGCUGGUCUCUAACUCGUUCGACUACUUCUUCACGCUCUUCUUCGCAGUGGCGACGACGAUGGCGGCGAAGAUGAACGCGACGCUUACCCGGAAGGAGAUCCUGGGCCCGAAGAUAGACGCGGAGACCUUCCAGAGCAUCGAGCUCCUCGCGAAGGACCUGGCCAAGUGCGAGCUGCCGGUGCUGAGGUCGCUCUACAGCAGCGUGGUCAACUCGCUGCAAAUAUGCCUCUCCUUCUUCUCGAAGUGCACGAACCCGAGGACGGUCCUGAACACGCAGAUCGACGCGGCGCUGAUGAGCCUGCUCACCUUCGAGCUGAGCGUGCGGCAGAACUCGACGCGCUCGCGGGGAGCGAACAACGUCAGCGGCUCGAGGCACGUUCAGCACGAGCAGAGGAGAGACGUGGGCAACAUGUUCAACAAGAUGGUCGCAAGCUUCGUGAGCACCUGCUGGCGCUGGUUCGGCUUCAUGGCGAACCUGGAGCCGUCGGCGCCGGCCUCGAGCACGGCGAGCCCGUUCUUCUACAUGCCGACGAAGCUGGCGACGCUGCUGAUCAAGGUGCACAUCUACGUGCUCGACUACCUCUCGCCAUCGAGGCAGCAGGCGCUGAACCUGCACUUUUUGAACGUCGGAGGCACGAACGCGCCGGGCGAGGCCGCAGAGCAGUCAGCAGCAGGAGCAGCGCCGGCGCACACGAACGCGCGCAUGAGCAGGAGAAGGACGCGGAUGACCAACAGCUCGGACUCGGACGCGGACUCGCGAGACGCAGACGCCACGAACCUGGACACGGUGAGGUCGCAGCUCUCAGAGAUGGGCUUCAACGACAGGGACAUCAACAACGCAAUCUCGCACUGCGGCACGUCGGACAUCACUGCGCUCACGGACUGGCUGAUCAACAUCGGAGACUUCACGCUGGAGAACAUGGACCUGAGAGAUUACUCGCAGGUCGCGGAGGACGACAACGUGAACCAGAAGGCACUCGAGCACCUGAAGCGCUCGCACCUGUUCCACCUGUGCAACAUAGAGCCGCCGGACCAGACGGACUCAGCGGACGCGACGAGCACGGACUACGAGUGCGCUAACUACCGCCUGCCGCGCGACGUGCUCUUCCACAUCAACAUGGACUCGAUCAUGGACUACGACACGACGUACCCGGUGGACGCGGUGGACUACAAGAAGAUCAUCGAGAACCUGUCACUGGAGUUCAGGGCGCACCUUAUCGAGUACAUACUUAACCUGUCGAGCUCAAUGCCGACCUUUCUGCCGACAGCCUACGACACGAUCUUUAAGCUGCACUCGUUCAAGCUCAAGUUCACGCUGCCCUCGGACCUGAGGGCGAGGAGAGAACCGCCUCAGCCCAGCGCGAUGACGAACGGACUGCACAGCGGAGGCGACGAACAGAAGAACAAGAACAACAAGAACAACGCGGACCUGGAGUUUAGCAUCCUGACGCUCCUGAACUACAUUCUGGUUCAGAUUUCGGUGACCUUCAGGGAGUUCCAGGCGAGUCGGCUGAACCUGAAGACGGAAAACGCACUCUCGCUCUUCAGCCCGGUGAUCUUCAUCGAGGACGCGGAGAAGCAGGCGGCGCUGGAGCAGGUGCUCGAAAAGGCGCUCGCGGAGUGGAACGGCGCGCCGCACUCGCCGGUCGUCAUGAGGUCGAGCGUUUCACUGACCACGGCGAAGUCGCGCGGAUCGUAUAAGCUGGGCGGCCUGGGCAUGGCAGUGCCAAUCAGAAGAGACUCGGUGGACUCGGGCAAGUCCUCGGGCAGGCAGGCCUCGGAGUACGACGCCUUCGACCUGGACUACAACAACAGCCUGGCAGUGCACCACGAGAGGCUGCUCGCGCUCUUCUACCUGCUCUCGCACCUGCUCGCGGGGAAGGAGAACUUCACGCACCUGGCCUACAAGGUCAGGGACGAGAACAACAAGCCGGUCAACAUGCUCCAGCUCGUGCUGGAGGUGGUCGAGCACUUCCUGACCCUGAGGGCGCAGUGCUUCAGCAAGGGCGUCCUGAGCAUGAACCUGCUGAACAUGAGGAGGAAGUUCGGACUCCCGCUCCUCCUCCCGGAGUGGUGCCUCGGCGGCGAGUGGGAGACCUGGUUCGCGAAGAGGACCUCGGCCACUAAGUUCGACUUCGACCGCCUGAGCUACGGCCUCCACGCGCGCGGGUGCACGCCGCAGAUCGCGGCCCCGCCGCCCUUCUUCAAGUACGCGCUCAUAUGCCUGCACGAGCUCGUGAAGACGAGCAUCCUCGACGCGACGCUGCUGCACCCGCCGAGGCUCUCGAGGGACGCGCUGCGCCAGUACCGCGAGUACGAGGUCUCGGACCAGGCGCAGGAGCGCCUGCUCCACGCGUGCAUGAGGACGCUGGACCUCUUCCCGGGGCUCGACGGCGAGGUCUCCUUCUCGCUGCUCUCGAUCCUGACGAGCCUGACUGAGGCGUACAAGAACGCGGACAAGCUGGCGCGCUACAAGUCGCUGACGACCAAGUCGAGCAUGGAUUUUUUGCGCCUGCUCCUGGCGUUGCCGAGGUCCGCGCAGUGUCCGCAGGCGCUGCGCAUGGUCUCCACGAUCGUUUUGCGCGUUAUGGAGGACAACGCGGUUCUGAGGCCGUCCAUAAAGAACAAGAUACUGACUCUGCUGAGUCAGGGGCCGAUGAAUUUUAACAGUUUCAUUGAAAGGAUGCACCCGUUCAACAGGAAGUGCCCGAUGCUGCUGUUCCAGAUGGUGGAGAGCAUGUGUGUUAUCACAGUGGACGAGGCGCAGUACCCGAUCUCCGAAGAGAUACCGUUGGAGACGAAGUAUGAGUUGACUUUGCAGGAAAGGCAAUUUAGCGGAAACUCACCACGGAUAUGGCCGAAAACCGUUGAGCCGCGGAACUAUGAGUUGAAGGACCUGUCAGUGGCGCUGAAGAACGAUAAGCUGGUGAGGGACCUGGUCUCACUGGAAGGACUGGACUUUGAGAUGGUCGACACCGCGGAGUUCAAGAUCGACCAGAAGAGAGCGUUCCAGAUGGUGAGAAUGAUAGCGGAGUUCGUCCACAUCUCGUGCAACCUGCACGGGCUCACGGACUUGAGCAGCAAGAUUAGUAGCAAGUUGAGUAGCAAGAUUAGUAACAAGUUGAGUAGCAAGGCAAGGACGUUCUACCCGCUGGCCUUCACGACGAGCAACUACUUCUUCCUGCUGAACGCAAUCAACUAUAACUUCCCGCUGCCGCUUAACUACCCGGAGCACGGGGGCAAAAUCGGGGGAGCCGCGGGAGAGCUGCAUCUAAGGACGUUCCCGUACAAGCUGGAGAGGCUGGACAAGUACAACAUGAAGUCGCUGAUACUGUUCAUAACGAGGACAGUCUUCAGCAUGAUCUGCUGCCUAGUGUACCCGAAGAACAUGGAGCCCAGCGCACUGGAUUCGUCAGCGAGGACCGGGUCCGGCGGGAGUAAGUCGGAGACGGAAGAGGCCUCGGAAGUGGAGCGGAUGCGCAAGAUGAUCAUCGACUCGCUGGAGAGCUACUCAACCACGCUGAUGGUACUGUCCUCGCAUAGCGAAGAGGCUGCGGCGUGCGUGGUCGAGGAGCUGGCGGAGAUGCUGCACCACAUAGCAGGAAUGAACCACAGAGAUACAGGACCCUACCUGGUGCCCAUGGCAGUGUACACGCUGUGUAACCUGCUGCACAACCUGCUUCAACUCAGGUUCAACGACACGGUUGACCUCUCGGAAGUGCUCGUGCACCUGAAGAAGAACCUGUGCAUCAUCCUGGCGAGGCUAGACCUGUUCAAAUCGGAGACGAGAGUGGUCUGCGGCUCAAUCACGAGAGUACUCGUGCUUCUCACGAACACGACGAACGUCACGUACGAGCAGCCGCGGCCAGAAGAGGGCGACGAAGCAGCAGUGGUCGUGGAGCUGGAGGAUUCAGUGACCGACGACUCAGAUCAGAUGGACACCGACGAGGAUAGCGAGGACGUAACCGAAGACGAAGACGACGAGGACGACGACGAAUUAGAACUCGACUACUCUGAAGAAGGGGAGUACACAGAGGCGGGAGAGUACACGGAGGAGGGCGAGUACACUGAGGAGGGAGAGCCCGAGGGAGAGAUGAUCAUAGACGUCUCGAGCUCGGAGAGCAACGAGACCACGGAAACAGAUAAUGCGAUGGACGAAGCGUCUGAGGACGAGGCGAACGUGGACAUGGUGCUGCCGCACGAGAUGGAGGAGGACUACCAGUCGAACGAGUACACGCCCUCAGUCUCAAGCUCGAGCAUGGAGGACGCAGAGGAGGAAGAAGAGGACGAGGGCCCGAGGAUACGGGUGGCAGGAGAGAUCGACGAGGCAUCGAGGGCGGAAAACAGCCAGAUCAUAGACACGACGACGAACAUAUCGAUCCCGGAGGAAAACGAAAGCGACUACCUGGCGUCGCUGAGCGAACACGACGAACACGCAGAUGAGGGGGCCGAGGAGAUAGUGCCCGCAGACGAGGACUCGACGUACGGAAGCCAGAGAACACUCACGAGGUCGAACAACGGGAAUUAUGGGACCCAAGGAACCCACGGGGACCACACCAUCCACAUCGAAAUACAGUUCGCAAACAACCAGAACGCGAGGUACAACCUGAGCCACUCGAACAACGUCAGAGUUCCAACCACGGUCUCGAGCGUCGCGUACCCGCCGGCGGCCACUAGCGCGCAGAGGAUGUACACCGUGGGCUCGGCCAACAGCAACAGGCAGUCGUCGAACGGAACCUCGAGGAACACGGGGGGCUUCAGAACGCAGGACUCGGUGCAGACGAACGACAACAGACAGCAGAACGACACGUGGUCGAGCUCGGGCGACUUUGACAUGUUCUCCAAGAACCCGCUGCUCCCUCAGUUCAAGAGGCCGUGCACGGUCCAGCUGCCGGACCCGCUGAUGCACGUGCUGCUGAAGAGGAUGAAGGUGUUCAAGGUGAAGUAUCACGACUCGGAGACUGAGGAGCAGGAGGCCAAGGCGGAAAAGGAGGAGGCGGAGGCCCAGCCCGGCGUUGAUGGCGUUGUCCCGCAUCAGGAGGUACAGGCGAGCGUUGACGGCGCACAAACUGCUCAGUCAAGUGUUGACGGAGUGCAAACUCCUCAACCCAGUUUUGAUGGUGUGCCAACGACCCAACCCAGUUUUGAUGGUGUACAGGCGGACCAAACUGCCGAGGCUACCCUGUUAGGCGAUCAAUCAGAGAAUCAGCCCAUUGUAACUGAGCCAGUGGUGCCUGAGCAUAGCGAAACUGUGGACGUCGACUCGCAGGGCAGGUACUAUAACAGGGGACUGGAACUCAUAGCAAACGCACUCGGAAUCACGUACACGGAGCUGUUCUCACUGGCGAACAUGGACCCGGGAGUGAUAGCGGAGCUGCCCACCGACAUGAGGGAGGAGAUCAUAUCACAGCAGCUGAACACGAUAAGCGUAGACACAGUCUCCUCACUGAGAGAUUCUAGGCCGAGGCCGGCAGCGAACCUCGAGGAGCCUGUGCCCUCGAGGUCCGAGUUGCAGUACCUGGAGGCGCUGCCGAGGGCGCUGAGGCUGGAGGUGACGAGGGCGAUCUACGGAGAGAACUCGACUGAAGCAAACGAGAUUAACGCGUCAAUAGACCUGCAGGGAGACAACACGAGUCUGUUGGCUGCGCUGGGGCCAUUUUUCAGAGGAGAGGCCUUUAACUCAGUGAACGAGUUCCUGACCAACAUCACCACGAGUCUGGAGGCGCUGGAAAGGCCGGCGAACACAAGUCAGCAGACAAACUCGCAGCCACAGCUGCUGGAGAACCUGCGCUCGAGGUUCCAGUCGCACUUCAACUCACUGCAGGUGGGUUCUAACGCGGCGAGGGCGCCCGCAGGAUCGAAUCCGGCGAACGCAGUAACAGCGUCGAGGCCAUUCAUCCUGCCAAUACUGAACAACAUGAACAGGAACGAUUCAGGCAGAAAUGACCUUGAAAGAGCAUUUCCGAGGAGCCAGAUCAUAAGAGCGGACGCCACAGAGCCGAGGAACGAAGGAGGAAACGGGCUCACACUGGGAUUCAUCAUAGGGGAGAUACGAGGACAGAACGGAAUGAACAGAAGAAUCAAUGGAAGACACAGAAUUGGCAGAAGAAUGUCAAGCAGCCUGGGAAGGAGAAAUGACAUGAUGAGGGACGUGUUCUUGUUAUCAGGAAGAAACCUGAGGAUGUCGAGACUGAACGAGUCGCUGAACCAGAUAUCGCUGGCAGGCACCAUGAAUGACCUCUCGCUGCUGAGUCCGGAGAACACGGACAUGGACGACAGGAGCUCCAAUUUCGACCCGAGGAUACUGCAGUCGAUACCGCAGAUACUGAACACGUUCGACCCGGGGCUCAUGGACCUGUUCCCGAACAGGUCGAUACAGCAGGAGCAGCAGGAGGCGCCGGAGGUGACCUCGGACAACGUGAUGGACGAGAUCAUGCAGUCGCUGCCGACCUCGCCCUGCAGCCCAAGUUUGUACAGAAGAGGACCCGGGUUCGGAGCACAGAAGGAGGGGCCAGGAGGGGCGGCCGGUGAGAACGCGCAGAGCAAAGAGGAGCACGCGCCGACAGAGUCGCAAGGAGACGAGACCGCAGACUCGAGUUACAGUCUGCUGUCCAAAGGCUGCGGAGGAGAGAUGGACUCGAGCGCCCUGGUCGGAGUGUGCAAAAUGUUCUUCCUGCCAAACGAGAUUAACAAGAGGGUCUUCUUCAAGCUGCUGUACAACAUCUCCCUGGGGCCCUCGCAGAACGACCUGAUCAAAAUGCUCCUGUACAUGCUCAAGGAGUCGAUCCUGAACGUGGAGAUGGAAUACGACUGCGCCGACGUGGACGAGACAUUCUUCAAAAAGUGCCCGAAGAUAGUGAACGCGAGGAGCGCUAACGCCUUCUCGAGCUUCUUCGCACUCAGAAGCUCGCACACGCUUUUCAAUAAGCCGAAGCAGGCUCCUGACCAGGGGGAGAAGCCGCAGACGCUCUCGAACAGCAUCCGCCAGGUCUUCGACACCUCGACGAAGCUCGAGUACGAAAACUUCAGCUACAUGUGCUCGGAGCGAGUUCUCGAGCAGCUGCGGAGCCUGUUCAUAGCGCUCCCGAUGACGGUGACCUCGUUCUCGAGGAACAUGGGCUACGUGGACGAGCCGACUUCGCACGAGCUGAAGAGGAAGAGGAAGCGCACGGACGGGAUCUCGAGCUUCCACCCGAUCGACUUCUUCUUCAACGCGACUGCGACGAGCCUGUUCCAGUCGAGCACGAAGCACAUGAACCACCUGCUCAUGGUCAUCCACAACCUGCUCUCGAACAACGCGGCCAACUACAGACAGGAGUCCAGCAUGAGCGGGCUCGACAAGGAGAUUGUGGGCGACCUGGCGAGGACCACCGCAGUCGACUCGAACGUGCACUCGAGCAUCAUCAACUCGCUGAGCCUGGGCGCCCUGGUCAUGUUCCUGCAGAUAUUCACCUCCUACAGGUGCCAGAGCGCCUGGCUACAGCUCUGCAACGCGAAGGACGCAAACGCAAACGCGCAUAUGGAAAUCAUCUCGCAGAUCAUGGCGGCGCUUUUCAGGAAUAGACACCGCACGCUGAUCGUGGAGUUCAUGGCGACCAAAUACAGGGAGGUGCAGAAGCUGAUAUCCUCCUGCCUGCUCAACAUGACGGACACCGACGAAGAGAAGCUGGAAAUGCACCUGGAGUACCAGAUGGAGCCGCUGAUGCUCGCGCUGGUGAGGAUGACGCAGCUGAUGCUGGAGACGGUGAAGCUGGCCUACGCAGAGUCAGACGCGAGCGAGUCAGACCAGCAGGAGUCGGCGGCAGGCCGGUACCUGGAGGAGCUGCACGGCUUCUUCAAGGAGCUGCGCCUGGACAAGCUGUGGAAGCACCUGGACGAGUGUCUGCAGCAACUGACUGAGCUGAGUCUGGCGAAGGACAUCGCGGGCGACUUCUACAAGGAGCUGCACAUCGAGGACCCCGAGAACUUCGACCAGGUGCGCUCGCUCAUACCGCUCAUCGAGGUCUUCCUGACGAUCUCGCAGACGAUGAUGGCCCACGAGUACAACGUGCCCGACAUGCAGUUCGACAAGAUCCUAUCGCACAUCAACUACGAGGCGGCGGGGCCCGGAGAGAAGCGGUGCUUUAAGGCCAGCGAUAUUUAUCCGCUCCAGGCUUUACAUUCCGGAGAUAUUUACACACUCCGGGCCUUACAAUCGGCAGAUAUUUAUCCGCCGUCAGCUUUCCGUUCCGGAGAAAGUAACGUGUUCCCGGAAGCCCAAAACCCCGGAGAAGGUCAGGGGUUCCCAGAAGGAGAAAACCCAGAUCAAUAUUCUCUCGACGAUUACCCAGGUUCAAGUCUGACCAUGGAGUGGGCCAGAGGCUUGCGCGACGACGACGACGACCUCAUCGACAUGAGCACGACCCACGUGACCUGCUUCAACUUCGUGGAGAAACACAAGAAGCUGCUGAACCUGUUCAUCAAGCAGAGCCCCUCCAUGCUCAACAACGCGUUCCUGCCGCUCAUCAAAGUGGCGCCCAUGUGCCUCAGCUUCGACGUGAAGAGGCAGUACUUCAGGCAGAAGCUGCGCGAGGGCCGCAUCGGCCUGCGAAUCGACCCGAUCAAGAUCAACGUGAGGAGACAGCACGUCUUCCUCGACAGCUACCACCAGCUGCGCCUGAAGACGAGCGACGAGAUGAAGGGGAAGCUGACGGUCUCCUUCGGAGGCGAGGAGGGCGUCGACGCCGGCGGCCUGACGCGCGAGUGGUACACCAUCCUCUCCAAGGAGAUCUUCAACCCGAACUACGCGCUCUUCACGCGCGAGGGCCGCAAGCAGGAGUUCAACCACCCGAACCCGCUCUCCGCAAUUAACCCCGACCACCUGAACUACUUCAGGUUCAUCGGCAGGAUCAUCGGCAAGGCGCUCUACGACGGGCACCACAUGGAGGCCUACUUCUGCCGCUCAUUCUACAAGCACAUGCUCGGCACGCGGAUCACGCCCUGCGACGCGGAGUCGGUGGACCCGCAGUUCUACAACAACCUCAUCAGCAUCAGGAACUCGACGCUGGAGCAGCUGGGCCUCGAGCUCUACUUCAGCACUGAGAUUGACGAGUUCGGGAAGGUGAAGGUGAUCGACCUGAUCCCCAACGGCCGCAACAUCCUCGUGACCGACGACAACAAGCACCGCUACAUCCAGCUGCUCUGCAAGCACAAGGUCACCAACGGCAUCCGCGACCAGCUGGACGCCUUCAUGGAGGGCUUCCGCGAGCUCAUUUCCCCCGAGCUCAUCAGCAUCUUCGACGACCGGGAGCUGGAGCUGCUCAUCUCCGGCAUCCCGAUCAUUGACCUGCGCAACAUGCGCCAGAACGUGGAGUACGUCAACUACUCCGAGUCCAGUGACCAGAUUCGGUGGCUCUGGGAGAUCUUGGGCGAGUUUGACCAGAGUCACCUUGCUGCGUUUCUGCAGUUUGUCACUGGCACCAGCCGCGUGCCCAUCGGCGGCUUCAAGAACCUCAUGGGCAUGCGCGGGCCCCAAAAGAUGUCCAUUCACAAGACCUUCGGCGAGGACAGGCUGCCCACCGCGCACACUUGCUUCAACCAGCUUGACCUCCCCGUUUACCGGUCUAAGGACAUGCUUAAGUCGAAGCUUCUCCAGGCAAUUUUGGAAGGAAAAGAGGGAUUUGGAUUUAUUUAA